ACUGGGCAGCAGCAGCAUUCCUGGCCUGGACAGCCUGUGAUGGGAGGGGCGGACAGAACAGCAGCCGCAGUCUGGGGUCUAACAUCCUCUCGGCUGAGGCUCACUGCCACCCCCCCCCCACACCUAAAAAUCUUCGGACCCCAAAUCUUCUCCAUGUGUUUUUUAAAGGCUUUUCCAUAGAACAAGAGGCGCCAAAUCGAAGUGAAGUGAAGUUGAAAGGAACACCGAAUUAGCAGCGUGGAGGCUGUUUUGUUGAUGUUUUUUUUUCUUCUUUGGCCCUGUAUUCCCAGUAAACCAGGAAAAUUGCUUGGUGUAGCUGUAUCGGAGAGAAGGCUCGGGAGGAGGUGAAACUGCGGGACAUGAUGACUGAGAAGGAAACGGCGUCAGAGAACAUAAUAACAGAUGCGAUGGCUAAUCCUUCUCCAGCAAAGAGCAUGGGUGACCCUGGAAUCACCCCACUGUCUCCUUCACACACUCAGCAGAAUGACACAGACCAGGUACCAUCAGGGCUGUCCUUCGUGGUGGUGGUUGCCAUUGACUUUGGCACCACGUCCAGCGGUUAUGCUUACGCCUUCACUAAGGAGCCAGAGUGCAUUCACACUAUGAGGCGUUGGGAAGGUGGGGACCCUGGUGUGUCCAAUCAGAAGACUCCAACCACAAUCCUGCUGACUCCAGACAGGAAGUUCCACAGUUUUGGCUAUGCAGCACGUGACUUCUACCAUGACCUGGACCCCAGCGAGUCCAAACACUGGCUCUACCUGGAAAAAUUCAAAAUGAAGCUUCACACUACUACAAAUCUGUCCAUCGACACAGACCUCCAAGCGGCCAAUGGGAAGCGAGUGAAAGCUCUGGAUAUCUUUGCAUAUGCACUGGCCUUCUUUAAGGAGCAAGCACUAAAGGAGCUGAGUGAUCAGACAGGCGGCGAGUUUGACAACAAUGAUGUGAGAUGGGUGAUCACUGUUCCUGCCAUCUGGAAAAUGCCUGCAAAGCAGUUCAUGAGGGAAGCUGCCUAUAAGUCUGGUCUGGUGUCCCGUGAAAACCCAGAGCAGCUUAUCAUCUCCUUAGAACCUGAGGCAGCAUCAAUCUAUUGCCGCAAGCUCCGCCUCCACCAGAUGGUGGACCUGGGCACCCAGACUACCCAGAACGGCUUCAGCCCCACUGACAAUGCAGGGAGUGGAAUGACCCAAGCUAAGGAGCAUGUUCGGCGCAACCGGCAGAGCCGCACCUUUUUGGUGGAAAAUGUCAUAGGGGAGCUUUGGUCGGAGCUGGAAGAAGGUGACCGUUAUGUGGUGGUGGACUGUGGCGGAGGAACAGUGGACCUGACUGUCCAUCAGAUCCGUCUUCCAGAGGGACAUCUAAAGGAGCUCUACAAGGCCUCAGGUGGUCCCUAUGGCUCUAUCGGAAUUGACUAUGAAUUUGAGAAGCUGCUGUGUAAGAUCUUUGGCCAGGAUUUCAUCGACCAAUUUAAGAUCAAGAGACCGGCCGCCUGGGUGGACCUGAUGAUUGCAUUUGAGUCUCGGAAGAGGGCAGCAGCCCCUGACAGAACCAACCCCCUCAAUAUUAACCUGCCCUUCUCCUUCAUUGACUACUACAAGAAGUUCAGGGGCCACAGUGUGGAACACGCCCUGCGCAAGAGCAAUGUGGAUUUUGUUAAAUGGUCGUCUCAGGGGAUGCUGAGGAUGAGUCCAGACGCUAUGAAUUCCCUCUUCAAGCCCACCAUAGACCACAUCAUCCAACAUCUCACCGAGCUGUUUGAAAAGCCAGAGGUGAGCGACAUUAAGUUCCUGUUCUUAGUGGGAGGUUUUGCUGAGUCUCCCCUGCUGCAGCAAGCUGUCCAGAAUAUGCUUCAGGGUUGUAGCCGCAUCAUCAUACCCCAUGACGUUGGCCUCACCAUUCUGAAAGGUGCUGUGCUGUUCGGCCUGGACCCCAGCAUCAUUAAAGUCCGUCGCUCGCCCCUCACAUACGGGGUAGGUGUCCUCAAUCGCUUUGUGGAGGGCAAGCACCCUCCAGAGAAGCUGCUGGUGAAAGACGGCACGCGCUGGUGCACCGACGUUUUUGACACCUUCAUCACCGCUGACCAGUCUGUGGCACUGGGUGAGAUGGUAAAGCGGAGCUACACACCAGCCAAGCCCUCUCAGCAGGUUAUCGUCAUCCAUGUCUACUGCUCCGAGAAGGAGAGCAUGGGGUUCAUCAGUGAGCCCGGCGUCAGGAAGUGUGGGACCCUUCGCUUGGAUGUGAGCGGAACGGAAAGCACGGCUCCGCGCCGCGAGAUCCAGACGCUCAUGCAGUUUGGUGACACAGAGAUUCGGGCCAUGGCAGUGGAUGUGUCCACCGGACGCACUGUCAAAGCUAGCAUUGACUUCCUUAGCCAUUAAGAAGGGAAAAAGAGAGCUAAUGUUACAAAAUUGUUGGAACCAAUGGAAAUGGAAACAUACAGCUUACACACAUACACACACGCACACACACAACAAGCUGGGGAUAUUUACUGGAAAGUGGUUUAUGUUAAUGAAUCUCAAGGCUCAGUCACUUUCAGUUUAAGCGUGGGUGGUAGAUGGUUUGGAUUAAAGUGUUAAACUUCACCUUAAACCUGGGCUGACAUUCAACAGUAGAAUCCAUGUUAUAACAAGGAAAAGAAAAAGACAAUCUGGAUGAGUUCAGUGUGUUUUAGGUCCAUCACUUCACUCCAUCCCUGUGCCAUAGCGCCAUAGUGUUCACACACUCAUAACAAAGACAUAUACCCCAUGCUGAGGCUAUAGCUUUGUUGAGUCAAGUUUAAGAGCACCUGAUAGGAAAGAUAAAGGCUUAUUCAUUGUUGAUGCUUGAUCACUUCUCAGCCAUAAUGUAUUACAGGACAGCCUUUCAAAUCUUCUCUGUGCAUUCCAGAGGAAAGGUUCCAAAGAAUGCAUCUUUACAUGCUUCAGUUUCUUUUUUUUUGUUGUCACAUUACAGCAAAUCAUUGUAAAUCUGUGCAAAUUUUGUUUGAUAAAAGUAUAAAAACGUCAUAAUAACAUGUCAUCAAGCUUUGAUGGAAGGUCUUAAUAUUGUUCAUGUUCUCCAAAAAUUACACAAGCUCCAAAGUACUCUGGAAUACUGAAGCAUAUCAGUUGGUAUCAUAAAGGUACCGAUAUCCAACCUUUCCUGGAAGAUAGAAAAUCAGUCUAAAAAGUGACAGCAUGCUUUGGAGAAUGACUGGCAAUAAUGUCAAGUAUAUCUGAUCUUUAAUCAAUAGGCCAAAUCAAGCAAAACCACCAGUAUGUUCCUUCAAGAUUAUCCACAAAACCUGAAAUCUGAAUCCAAGAAUGUGAAAUGUGCUGCAGGCUCAAUCUGAAAAGCAAGUACAGCCAUCAAAUGGGCUUUAUUUGUUUAUGCUUCUGAUUAUUACAUGUGGACAAAAUGCUACUUGCCCACUUAUUUUGAAUCCAGGUGUGAUUCUGCACAAAGGUGCAGGCCAAUUGAGACGAUGAAGUAUGUUUAUUGUGUAUAUUUAGAGCCAAGUGUGUGUGCUUUCACAUGGACAUCUCUCAACAUUUUUUUCUCACCAGCCAUAGCAUUAGAGACCGAGGCAGGUUUGAUUGCUGUGUUCAUUCAAAGUGAGAUUGGAUGUGUCGCUAGUUAUUCUUUUUUUGCUAUCAUAAAAGAAACUUGAAUACCUCCGUCCUUAAAAAAGCAUUUCAGUGAACAAGUCUACUGUAAGUUAGUUUUGAAAUGUUAGCAGUAUCUCAAUGUGUCCUUUUCAAUCCCACCUGCAGUACAAGUUCUGAUGGGAUUUCAUAAUGAUUUAUUACAUAUUCAAUGAAGAAAUAUUAAGACAAUAUGUUCAACCUACUGCGAAGAAGUUGCGAACUGCGAAUGUUGUUUCUGUUAGUAAAAAAACACAUUUCCAGAUGAUUAUGAAAGAUCUUAAUUAAAAGAGUGCCUAGUAUGAAUAAAAUGUGAUGUCAAGAUUUACUCACCCCUCAUUAGAACAUACAGUGCAUUCCUUUACCCUCCCAAUGAUAUACUUAGCUUUACAUAUAAGUGUAACUUCAGAAGUAAUCACUGAGCAUCACACUGAUUGUGAAUUCAUCUGAGGCCUUUCCCACAUCUAAAUGUUCAACAUGUUCGCCUAACGUCCUUGUGAAAAAACGUCACAGUUUAAAUUAAACGGGCAUUACUGUGAGAUACGUAUCUCUUAUCUAAUCGACCUCUGCUAGCAGCCACAAGAAACUGCAACAACACUGGUAGAAAAAAUCUCAUUGUCCUCGGUCCAGCUUGGUGAUUUAGUGACCUUUGGUUGUGGCUAGUUUCAUCCAUGGCAAAAUGUUCUGUUGGUGUUACUUCUCAUUUGACAGCAGGGUUAUAUAAAAUUGGAAGGUGCGACAGCUAAAAUGAUUGCUUCCUCCAUUUCGGACUGAUUCUUGGUUUUCUUCCUUCAAAGGUCAACACUGUCAAAACAGUUAGCUAUUGUCAACGGUGCAGAUUCAUGUGUGAAGGUCAUUGUAUGCUUCAAAGUCACUAUAGUAGGCCACUGCCUCCCCAAACUCUGUCCAAAAACUCUUUUGCUUUUGUUGGUCUUUGUAGUCAAGUCAAGCCUAAUAUCACAAUUUGCCUCAAGGGGCUUUUCAAUCUGUACAGCAUACAACACCCUCUCUCCUUAGACCCUCGAUUCGAAUGAGGAAAAACUCCCCCCAAAAAACCCUUUUAACAGGAAAAAAUGGAAGAAACCUCAGGAAGAGCAACAGAGGAGGGAUCCCUCUCCCAGAAUAGACAGACAUGCAAAAGAUGUCGUGUGCACAGAAUAGAUUCAGAAAAUCAUAGUAUAUACAGUUAUGAUGAGAAAUUGUAAAACAUAAAUGAAGAGGAGGGAUCCAGGAGGAAAACUGAGCAGCUUCAUGUGUCGCCCACUAAGGCUACAUCCACACUACUGUUUUCAAAAUGAAAACGAUCUCCGUCCAGACGAGCAUUUCAGCCUCAUUUUAGAAAUAAUCCCUGUCUAUACUAAGACUUCUGAAAACACAUAUCAUGUGACUGUUCACAUACAGCAGAAUGCAAACGAAGAACAGCAGUGGGGAGGACAGGUAGUGACUGACAAGACCCACUCAAGAAGCGAAUGUGGGUGUCUGCGUCAUUGUUUCCUAAAGCCUCCAUUUUUGCACUCACUUGAUUUAUUACCUCAGUAAACACUUUCCUAAUGAUUUCAUGGUCUCAGUGGCUAGUUUCAAGUCUUCUUCAAUACAGCAUGAUGUUCAUUUUGCAAAUUAGAUUUAGAGUAAAAUAGAUGAUAAAGCAGGGUAUGCUCUAGAGCGUGGCUACCUUGUGAUUGACAAGUCGCUACCACAGUGACUUGUCAAUCAGGAUAGAGGCAAUGCGUAUCCACUGCAUUGUGUACAUUUAACUAGCUGUGAACUUAUUUUUGGGUGCUGUCGGUGUUUUCGUCUAUGAACUUUGACCCGUUCACAGUGUGUUUUCAGUUCAUGAAAGUUAUAUGUAACAUUUUGGUCGCCUAAAAAUGUCUUCUUCAGCAUUCAGUUGUACUAAAAGACACUCUAAAAGUCGGUUGUUAAUUUUUUCCGGUAAGUACAUUUUGUUUUAAGCUUGUUUUUCACUAGCCAAAAUUAGCAUCCCAAUUAAUAUCACAGUUAACGUUAAUUAAGGAUGCACCUUGCCAACGUAGCUAGCGCUAGCGUUAGCUGAUAACUUAGCGUUUGCUAUGCUCUCGAGUUCCAUCCCCUCAUCCAAAUACAGUCACUUCCAGUAACUGGUUGCAAAAAAACAAGAUGGCAACGGCCAAAAUGCCAAUGUCAAGGCUUCAAAACGGUUAUGUCACGGUGACUACGUCCACUUCAUUUAUACGGUCUAUGGUCCAGACUAGAAAUGCAACCCCGGAGUUUUCAAAUGAAAACAGGGCCACCUGCGUUUCCAAACGUAUCAGUUUUCAGGGCUCGAAAACACCACAGUAGUUUGGACGCUAGGCGUAAACGUAGCAAAACUCAUGCGAAAACAUAGUAGUGUAGAUGUAGCCUAAGUAGGAUCUGAGCCACACCACCUCCUCUCCACCCAUAGAGACCUGGAAAGAGGACAGGCCAGACAAACAGUCUGUGUGAAUGGACAGGGGACAGUGUUGGCUGACAGUCUCUCCCUGAAGUCCUUCAUGGUGUGACCAAAGUUGUUGCAACGCUGCUAAUCACUGCGUAAAGUGGGCAUGAUUGUCGUAUUGUCUGUUUCAGAAAGGCACAAAAAUUGCUUUUUGAUCCAAAGAACACUUAGUUUGAAGCAUACUGAGGCCAUCAGAGUUCACUAAAGUUGAACUCGACAUGAAAGCGCAAAUGUCCUUUUCCUCCAUGAGUGAUUGCACUGAUUAGUAUUUCGUACGGAAUGCUGCAGGUCCUUCCUGCUGUGGCAGUUACAGUUGGAUACUUCCAGUUAAACUCGUAUACCUGACCACGUGUCACUAUAUCCUAACACAACUCAAGGAGGCAGAUGUUGUUUACAAGACUUUAUGCUAGUCUCUAAGCUUGCUGAUUAGUGUGGAGCUAGACAUCCCGAAACAUCCCGUAAAGAAGCAACAUAUCAUCGUGAUAAAUACUGGAAGAACAAUAAACCUUCUGUAAGUUGUUUGCUCGCUCAAGAAAAAGGCCAAGUUAUCGUUGAGUCAUUGGUAUCGAUCAACGACCCUCACAGGUAUAUUAGUAAUUUUGUGCUACAAUGUUGCCAUGAUCUUGAUAUCUUAAUAAUAAGAUCUUAUUGCCAGUUUUUAAAGCCAUUUUCUUAGAUUCUUUAUUUGAACGUAAUGUACAAAGUCGCACAAGCUGCUGUCUUCUGCACUUUUUCUGCAAUGCAUGUUUCGCAUGUGUCACAUAGGAAUGACUAAACAACAGCAAGCAACAAACAAGUUGAUUGCUAUUACUAAUACACAAAAUCAAGGUUUACCACUGAUGAUGAUGGUGGUAGUGUUUUCUGGAAUAAACUGUGCUUCUCUGCCUUAUCACAGUGUUGGAGACUGGCUGGGCUGUGUGUAAUACUGCUGCUUUCUAAGCUGAUGUAAUUGAUGUUAAUGCUCGUAACUGACGGCAGCUUGUAACUACCAUAGCAGGCCAGCACUUUACAUACUUUACUGAUAACUAACCUAAUAACCUUUUAUUCCUUCUACACAUCUCUGUACUCAAAGGAUGGAUAUCAAGUGGAAGGAUUUAAUAACAUGUUUAUAUUGUUUCUUUCGUUAGAUAAUUACAAUGUAUUUUGUGCAACCUUGAAUAUUAUGUGAUGCACAGAUACUGUUAUGUAGCAGCUUUAUACUUAAAGCAAUGAUAAAAUUAUAUGAAGACAUGUUUAGCUGACAUUAGCCUUCUAUUCUCUGCCUGUGAGGAAGCAUUUGACAUUUCGGCUGAGAUGUCAAAUUUUUGGUCAGUCAGUUCAGUCAAGUUGUUCAGUGGAUGUAAUUUGAGGUAGCAGUCUAGCCAGCUUGCAUCAUGUACAAGUAUCUGCUUAACACUAUCUAAAAUAUACAAUAAUUCAGAAAAUUGUACAGUUAAAAAUACUGAGCUUGUAGUUAGGAUAAUCUCAGCCACUCUCAAACUUAACACAAUGUACACUUUGUUCUUUUAGUUAUUCAUUGAUGAUGCGAAGGAGAUUGUUUAUGUAAUUUCUUUUUAUCCUGAGUUACUUAAAUGUCUUGCUCUCUUGCAAUUGUCACACAGUAAUGAGUGUAUUUUGAUCAAUGCCAGGUAUUCACUGUCAGACUGUCACCAAUAAACUGUAUGUGUAUUUCAAAGAA